CUCUUUUUUUAGGCUGGGAAUCAAUUUCAAGGUUCUCCUACACAACAGCCUAGUCAGCGACUGUCACCUUCUCCUCACCAGCCUCCAAAUUCAUCCCCUACCCCACCUGAUCAACAGAAACAACAGUUCCCUCCUGUUUUGCAACAGCAGCCCCAAAGACCUGGAGGGUUUCCUCAACAACAACCUCCAUCAAGACCAGGGGCUCCUUCUCACCAGCAUCCAUUACAGAGACCCAGUGGGUUUCCCCAGCAGCAGCCUCCAUCAAGACCUGGGUUCCCUCCUCAACAACAGACACAGAGACCUGGAGGGAUUCCUCAACAGCAACCACCAUCAAGACCAGGGGUACCACCUCAACAACAUCAGCAACAGACCCAGAGGCCUGGGAUGCCUCCCCAGCCGUCAAGACCAGGUGCUCCCAGCCAAGUGCAGCAGACGUCAGCUCAAAGUGGCACUUAUCCUUCUCCGCAGUAUCCCCCUCAACCAGGAAAUACUCAGCAGCAGCAUGGACCCGCUCCUGGGCAUCAGCAGCAACAGAUGACUCAACAGAUGAGUAACUUGCAUAUCAACAGUUCACAAAGUCAACCACCAUCGUCUCAGCAACAACCACCAUUAGGCAGCUGGCCUCCCCAGCCAAACACCACACAAGGACCAUACAGAGGUCCACCAACAACAGCACCUCAUUUAUCACCCAUGGGAUCUCAGAUGGCACCACCCACAAGUCGACCUCCAGGCCCUCCAACGAUGCCCAGCAUGCCCCCAAUGCACCAACCUGGCUUCCCCCCUCCUGUCUCUUCAGGUGCACCUCCUAUGGGAGGCAUGACCCAACCCUCCAUGGGUAGACCCAGUGCCACGCAAAUGCAGCCUAUGCCAAGUACUUAUCCCGGUUCUCAGGUUAGUAUGUCAGGUCCUUCUUUUGGUGGGCCAGCCAGUGCAGGACUGACAGGUCUGUCAGGACCAACACUUGGUCAGGCAGCACCUCCUAGUGGGGCUUCUGGUGCUGGGAUGUCGCAUAGUGGUUUACCUGGUGGUCGGCGCUUGUACCCAGGUCAUGCACCUCCGAGUCCUGUGGAGAAUCAGGCAUCAGCUGGAUCGAUGGGAAUGCCUUCACAUACAGGCCAGUCCAUGUAUCCUGGUGCAGGAUCCAUGACAGGGAUGCCACCAACUGGUCCUGGUCAACAUGGUAUGGGACCCCAAUCACCCAUGAACUCUCCAAUGCAACAACAGAGAAGAAUUGAUCCUGAUCAGAUGCCCAGUCCGAUUCAAGUGAUGAAAGAUGACAAUGAUUCAUUUAAAGGCUCUCCAUAUCUUACAAGUACAAGAGGAAGGACUCCUCCUCUGGUCACAAGCAACUUUGUUGUACAAGAUGACGGUAACUGUAGCCCUCGUUUCAUGAGGUGUACAAUGUAUAAUAUACCGUGUAACAAAGAUUUACUUCAAGCAUCCAGUAUACCCUUGGCCACAGUCAUAACUCCCUUUGCUGAAACAGGCCCUUCAGAGGCUCCUCUUCGCAUUAUGGACUACAGUCCUACUGGCCCUGUGAGGUGUAACCGCUGCAAGGCGUACAUGAAUCCUUUUGUACAGUUUGUCGAUGGCGGCCGAAGAUUUAUGUGCAACAUUUGCAACUACUCAUCAGAAGUUCCUGCAGAGUACUUUUGUCAUCUUGACCACCAAGGGAUGAGGCUUGAUGUCUAUGACAGACCAGAGCUUCAUCUUGGAUCAUAUGAAUUCAUAGCCACGAAAGAUUAUUGCAAGGAUCAAAAGCUUCCAGGUGCUCCUGCCUAUAUAUUUAUGAUUGACGUGUCAUACCAGAGUAUGCAGUGUGGAAUGGUUAGAAUGCUUAUGAAGGAGCUCAAGGAACUCUUGGAUGUCCUGCCCAAGGAGCAUGGUCAGCAGAAUUCCUCCGUUAGAGUUGGAUUUGUAACAUAUAGCAAUCAUCUGCAUUUCUACAAUGUCAAGGGUAACCUUGCCCAGCCACAGAUGAUGGUAGUUUCAGAUAUUGAAGAUGUGUUUGUCCCCCUUGUUGAUGGCUUUUUAGUAAGUCCCCAGGAAGCCAGAAGUGUAGUAGACAGCCUUUUGGAACAAAUUCCUACAAUGUUUGGAGAAACCAGGGAAACAGAAACAGUGCUUGGUCCUGUCAUUCAAGCUGGAAAAGAAGCGUUAAAGGCUGCUGGUAUUUCAGGGAAGCUGUUUGUUUUCCACUCAUCCUUGCCUAUUGCUGAAGCACCUGGAAAAUUAAAGAACAGAGAAGACAGAAAACUACUCGGCUCUGAAAAAGAGAAGACAAUACUGACCCCACAGAAUUCCUUCUACGAGAAACUUGCAAAAGAGUGUGUGGAAAACGGCGUUGCUGUGGAUCUGUUUCUCUUCCCUAAUGCCUACAUUGAUGUGGCAACCAUUGGCUCAGUGGCUACUCUCACUGGGGGACAAAUAUACAGAUAUUCCUAUUUCAAGGAAGCCACACAUGGUGACCAGUUCCGUGGAGAUCUCAAGAGAAAUCUUCAACGUAAUGUUGGAUUUGAUGCAGUCAUGAGACUGAGAUGUAGCACAGGGCUGCGGCCAGUUGAUUUCUGGGGCAAUUGUUACAUGAGCAACACCACAGAUGUGGAACUGGCCAUCAUUGAUCCACACAAGGCUAUUGCUAUUGAAAUCAAACAUGAUGACAAGCUACCUGAGGAAAGUCAGGCAUACUUCCAGUGUGCACUGCUGUAUACAUCAAUCAGUGGACAGCGGCGCUUAAGAGUGCACAACUUGGCCUUCUCUACUUGCAGUCAGUUAUCUGACUUGUUCCGCUGCUGUGAAAUGGACACAUAUGUCAAUGUUGCAGCCAAACAAGCCAUCAGACAAGUAUACACAUCAUCACCUAAGUCAAUCAGGGAAAACCUAAUGAAUCAAUGUGCACAGAUUUUGGCCUGUUACAGAAGAAACUGUGCUUCACCUUCAUCUGCUGGUCAGUUGAUCCUUCCAGAGUGUAUGAAACUGUUGCCACUCUACACAAACUGUAUUUUAAAGAAUGACAUACUUUUAGGAGGUUCAGAGAUGAGUUCUGAUGAUCGCAGUUGGUUAAUGAGAUCAGUGAUGUCAAUGGAUCAAGCUGCGUCAGUGCCGUACUUCUAUCCAAGGCUUUUCUCAUUGCACGAUUUGGACAUGGAUUCGACAGAUCUUCCGAAAGUUAUCAGAUGUUCGGCUGAUCGAAUGUCAGAAAAUGGUGUUUACUUGCUGGAAAAUGGAAUAUCUCUAUUCAUGUGGAUUGGGCUUCAAGUUGACCCCAGCUGGCUUAACCAAGUGUUUGGAGCGCAUACGAUUGGACAAGUCGACAUCGAAAUGACUUCUCUUCCAGUCCUUGAUAAUCCUCUUUCUUCUCGCCUAAAUGACAUUAUACGGCAGAUUCAAGAUCAGAGGCAACACUAUCUCAAGUUAACUGUUGUCCGACAGCGAGACAAGCUCGAAGGAUGGUUUAAACAUUUCUUAGUUGAAGACAAAGGCAUCAACCCAGUGGCUCACAGCUAUGUGGACUUUCUUUGCCAAAUGCACAAGGAAAUCAGAAGUCUGAUGACCUAAUGAAUACUCCAUCGACAGAAAAAAAAAAACACCUAUAAAUUCACAGGGAAGACUACGCAAAAAAGCAUUACGAAAAUUGCCUCCGUUAUCUUUCACAGCUCCUCAAAACUACGGCAUGUUUGGCGUUCUUUAUUAAUGUUUUGAGUAGUUGUGGAAAAACAGUGCAAAGGAAGAGAGAAACUGGUCGACAGAGGUUUAUAUUCGUAUAACAAGAUUUGAAAUGUAACAACAGAGUUUAGUUUUUAAAAACCAAAGCUGCAUGCAUUAAAAUUGACAUGCAGUGACAUUUACACGUCUCCUUGGGUUCUGUUAAGUUUUCUAUUAGGAAAGCGAGAAGCGAAGCAUGAUCCAAGCCAAGUUUGUUCAAAACGUUUAUGAUGAAGUUAGCAGGAAUGGCACAAAUGUGUUGUUUUGUAUCUCUCUCACUCUGUGAAAUGAAAAACGUCUCCAAAACACGCUAAGUUGACAGCUUACCAAAAUGCGAAUUGUUAAAAAUUAAUGAUCAUUUAUUAUUUUCUAACUCGUCUAAAUUAAAACAAUCUUUAUGACUGA